AUGGAGCAACAACUCCUGUCACUCCUAGCCGACACCCAGUCGCCAAAGGCCGACAGCAGAAGAGCCGCAGAGUCCCAAUUGGAGCAGCUCUAUGGUCACGAAGGCUUUCCAACCUCGCUCACAGCAAUCGCAUCACACGACUCGGUCCCGAUUAAUCUCCGCCAGUCCGCCCUCUCCAUUCUGCGUACCUUUAUCGCCGCUAGUUGGUCACCCAUACUCGACGAGUUCAAGGGUCAGAUCCUCGUCAACGAUGCCAACAAAACACACGUCCGUCAGUCCUUACUAGCGAUCGCCACUUCAGAUAUUCCAGAGCGCAGAGUGAAGAACUCUGCUAGUUAUGCUGUUAGCAAGAUCGCCAGUGCCGAUUUCCCCGAUGACUGGCCGGAGCUCUUGCCAUCGCUGCUCCAGAUUAUCAACGACUCUGCCAGUACCGAUGGCCAGUUGCACGGCGCAUUGAAGGUCCUUCUGGACCUCGUGGAUACAGGGUUCAGCGAAGAGCAAUUUUUCAAUGUGGCUCGGGAUCUUGUUUCGUCCCUUUUCGCCGUGGCUACUUCGGAAGCUAGACGGCCAAUGUUGCGCGCUUUGGCCGUCGCGGUCUUCCGCUCUUGCUUUGAUACCCUGGAGAUGGUCUUGGAACAGCACAAAAACGCCAUUAAACAAUUCAUGGAUGAGGUUCUAAGCGGAUGGUCACCAUUCCUCGAUGCCACUUUGAAAGCACCUCUGCCACAACCUCCCAGUGAAGAAGAAGCUCAUAAACAAGGGGAUAUCGCAACACAGUGGAGGGGCAUCGUUGGAUUGAAAAUACAGGUCGUCAAGACGGUUAUGAAAAUCCGCAUGGUUUUCCCUGCCCUAUUGACAGCACAGAGCACAUUAUUCUUCUCGACCGUCUGGACCGAGCUCAACAAUGCUUUGCCUUUUUACCAAAACUUUUACAUCGAGGAUGAGCGACAGGGCAGGCUGGAAGAUGGAGAUGGUCUUCCUCAUUCGCUUGACUUCUUGGUCCUUGAAGAGCUUGACCUCAUUCAAGCAUUAUUGAAAGCUCCCCCUGUAAAGGCAGAGCUUCAGCAGCAACUGCAGAAUGCAGGAGCUGCCUCCAGUACCUCUAGCUGGCUCCCAGAGAUCAUGAAGCUUGCCAGUUCCUAUGCACAGAUUACUACGGAGGAAGAGGGUCUAUGGGAGAUCGAUGUCAACCUGUUCCUUUCUGAAGAGACAUCCCUCACGGCUAACUGCACUCCCCGUACCAGCAGCGGUGAUCUCGUCAUCAAGGCUGGUGAAUGGCUGAAAACUAUUGCGGCCGAGGGCCUCCUCAGCUACAUGGACGCACUCUUCGCCGAUAACUCUGUUUCGUGGAAACCCCGUGAAGCAGCUCUUUACGUUUUGAACUGCAUGCUCCGUGACUUCAGUGAAGUUGACCAGACAAUCACCCCAGAACUGGCAAAUCACUUUACCAAGUUUGUUCAGUAUGCCACCCAACAGGAACAGGAGCUUCUGCGUGCUCGGGGCUACCUUGUUGCUGGUGCUUUGUCCAAGGUUGCUGGAGAAGCAUUCCACCAGACCACAUCUUCAUAUCUAGAGGCUACUCUCAAGGCCAUUGCAGAGGAUCCAGCAGAGGUGGUCAAGGUGGCUUGUAUUCGUGUCCUACAAGACCUCAUGCCCUCCCUGCCCUCAAAUUUGGCACGUCCCUUCCAGGCCUCAGUCAUCUCGGCGAUUUCAGAGUUCAUCUCGGCCCAUGAUCUACGUGAGCAGACCGAUACCGAUGAUCUCAAGGUCACUUUGGCAGAGACCCUUCGCGAUACUAUCAUGGCCGAUCCUGGCGUUGUCCUCUCUUCUGUUGCCAUUGAUGUUUUGUUUAGCAUUGCCAGCAGCGGUGCUGAUAACUUCCAGUUGACCAUGACAGUGACCGAAGCCUUUGAAGAUAUUGUGGACCAAAUUACCGAGCAUGGCCCAGAUGCCUACAGGAGUCUCUGUGAGAAGGUACUCCCCUCGCUGAUGGGUGCAAUUGACGUUGGCAACUUGACAGAGGAGAGUUCAUUGACUGUCUUCGCGGCCGAUCUCCUCCGAGCAUUGGCUGAGCGCAGUCUCGAGCCUAUGCCCGCUGGUUUUGUCGAAACUGUGAUGCCCAAGGUGAACCGAUUAUUGCUGGAAUCGGAUGAGGCCGAAUUGAUCCGGCCUGCCACUGAGGCCGUACGCCAUAUGCUUUCCCACGACUUUGCUCAAUUUGUGGCCUGGCGUGACCCCCAAUCCGGAAAGGAAGCACUUGAGGUUGUCCUCGUCAUCAUCGACAGACUGCUUGGCCCAGCAGUCGACGACAAUGCUGCAACAGAGGUUGGCCAGCUGGCCGCAGAGCUAGUCGAAAAGGCCGGCUCAGAACGUCUUGGUCCCUACCUCCCCCAGCUUCUCCAAGCUGUGGCCCAGCGACUGGCUACGGCUGAAAGGGCCCAAUUCAUCCAGAGUCUUAUCCUCGUCUUCGCCCGUCUGACUCUUAUCAGCGCCCGCGAAGUCGUCGACUUCCUUGCACAAGUCAACCUCGGCGGCCAGAGCGGCCUCACAGUCGUGCUCAGCAAAUGGCUCGAGAACUCUGUCAACUUCGCCGGUUAUGACGAGAUCAAGCAAAACACCUUUGCCCUCGCACGGCUGUACGAGCUCGCCGAUCCCCGCGUAGCCGAAGUUCCCGUGAAGGGCGACCUGAUCAUCCAAGACACAGGCCGCAUCAAGACCCGAUCGCAAGCCCGCAAUAACCCAGAUCGGUACACCACAGUUCCGGCACCGUUGAAGAUCAUCAAGGUUCUCGUCGAAGAACUUGCCGCUGCAUCAGGUAACAAGGAAAUUGACGCGGCAACCGCCGCUGCCCUCGACGAUGCGGAUAGCGAUGAUGGCGACGACGACUGGGAGGACAUGCCCGGCCACAUACUUGACCUCGGCCUCGGUGUUACAAAGCAGCAGCUGAUGAGUUUCGGCGAGGGUGGUUCCGAGAGUGUCUUCGGUGUGCGGAAGCGCGAUGAUGAGACACAGGGCUUCUUGACCGAGUUCUUCAGACAGGCUUCUACGCAGCCCGGAUUCCAAGAAGUCUAUUCUGCCUUGACGCCCGAUGAGCAAGUCAAGUUGCAGAGUCUGUAG